AUUUUCCUUUCAGAGGAGCCAACUCCAGGGCCAGCUGCCAGCGGCACACGGGAUCCAGUGGGGGAACCCCACCUCCUCGGGUCCAGAGCACAGACUUUGGCCCCAUUGCCUGGAGGCGGGCUGCAAUCCCACUGCCCUUGACGCUUAGACCUUGCCCUGUCGGUGGUUUGCUGGGCUGUAAACAAGCCACCUUGAGAAGGUCGCUCUGUUGAAGACUCUGCAAACCGUGGUGGGUGGCCGGAGGACCACGCGCUCUGCAGAGAGCCAGAGCCAUGCGUGUGGCCGUCAUCGGGGCCGGGGUGAUCGGGCUCUCCACCGCCCUGUGCAUCCACGAGCAGUACCACAGCCUAGUGCCCUCCCUGGAGGUGGAGGUCUACGCAGACCACUACACACCCCACACCACCAGCGAUGGGGCGGCCGGCUUGUGGCAGCCCUACCUGAGUGACCACGGCAACCUGCAGGAGACGCUCUGGAAUAAAGAGACGUUCGAUUACCUCCUCCAGCACCUGGGCUCCCCGGCAGCGAAGGAAAUGGGACUUUUCCUUAUUUCUGGCUACAACCUGUUUACACAGCCGGUGCCGGACCCAUCUUGGAAGAACAUUGUCCUGGGAUUCAGGAACUUGACACCAAAAGAGCUUGAACUCUUCCCUGGUUACAGCUAUGGCUGGUUCAACACGGCGCUGAUGCUGGAGUGCAGGAGGUACCUCCCAUGGCUCACCAACAAGUUAACGCAGGGAGGAGUGAAGUUUUUCCAUAAGAAGGUUGACUCUUUCCAGGAGAUGUUUGCCCAGGGUGUGGAUGUUGUAAUAAACUGCGCUGGGAUGCGUGCGGGGGAGCUGCAGCCUGACCCGGAGCUCCAGCCUGCCCGUGGCCAGAUCAUCAAGGUCCUGGCCCCAUGGGUGAAGCAUUUCAUCGUCACUCACGACGUCAAAUCUGGUAUCUACAACUCACCGUACGUCAUCCCGGGGAGUGAGUUGACGGUCUUGGGGGGGAUUUAUCAGCCUGGCAACUGGAAUGAAGAAAACAGUGCCCAGGAUCACAAAACCAUCUGGGAGAACUGCUGCAGGCUGCUCCCUGCUCUCCAGAAAGCAAAGAUCGUAGAGGACUGGAGCGGCUUGAGACCUGCGCGCCCCUGCGUUCGCUUAGAGCGAGAGAACAUCCGCCACGGGCAUUUCCAGGCAGAGGUGAUACAUAACUAUGGCCACGGCGGGUUCGGGAUCACCAUCCACUGGGGCUGUGCCAUGGCAGUGGCCAGGCUCUUUGGAAGCAUCCUCCAGGAGAAGAAGCUGACCAGCUUGCCGCAGCCCCGCUUGUGAGUUGCCUGCUCACCUGGGAUUAUCGUAGCUUAGAAGUAACAGCAGAAAGAUGCGAAUAAACACAGUGAUGCACGUUGGCCAUUCAACCCUCCCGCCAGCUCCCACGCUGGAUCUUGGUGUCUCGUUUUCAGGUCACUGCCAGUUCUGUCGCUGCCGUUUGCCAGACGUCGGAGCUCCCUCCGCCCUGGCCUUGAACAACCUAUCCAGAGGAAGUGCUUUAAAAUAUAGACUAAUUAUCUGUGGCAAAGUGCACUUCUGUGUGGGGGAUCAGUCUGCAAAGGGCAGGCAGGGUUCAGCUGAAAUCUCGACAGUCCUGCAGUUCAUCUGUGUGAUGGGACAGGAUCUGAAACUGAGCCGGUGCCAUCCGAGGUCUUCACUGACUGCUCCGACACCCAGCAUGUAAUUAGAUUUGCAAGCUUCCCCCAGGAGGCAAAAGCUCCUUAGUAGGAAGACGCUCUGAAGCUCUCAGGGAAGUAAUAGCAGCUCUAAAAGCAUGUGCUUCAGUUACAACAGCUUUUCUUACAUUCAUGCCAGGACAAAGCACGGGUCUACAGCACCUGGUUAGUGUAUCUGGCAACGAACAGCAGCGAUUGCCUAAAAUGGGCUUUCCAAAUGAUGUUUUUAGCAACAAAAGCAACAUGUUCCAGCCCUGUGUACUUGCCAGAUGCUAUAUAUAGCAGAGAGCAUGGGCAAAAUAGCUGUUCUCGUCCUAAAACCUCCCAUGGGCCCUUCAGUUUCUCAUUCCUCCAGCUGUGAGACAAGGCUGGAGCAGCAGCUCUGGGAGAGGAGGUGACUGGUGUCAGGUUGUGCUUCCCAAAGGAGCUGGGGACAGAUCCUGGGAGUGUAUGGCUUUCCUGGGGUGCUCAGUGAUGCUGCUGGAGAUCCAAUGCGCUAUUCUGAAAGUACAGUUUGCCUGCUUUUCCACGCCACACAGCUUUCCUGCUCUAAAAAAGCCAUAACAGACAAGGUGCUGAGUGGUCGAGAAGCUUCAAAUCCAAAGGGUAGUUGCCCCAAGCCUGACACACAGUGCCUGGCUCGCUCUCCUCCACAGAGAAACCAACUAUUUCUUACUCAUCUGCGAUGCAGCUUCUCUCUCCCUUUGACUCCAUGUGCCAGAAAUGGCUCAUCAACCUGGUUUGUGAUGUACCGGGCAGCUGCAUCUGGUGAACGAGAGAUACUGCAGUGCAGCUGGGCUCGUUUUACCUCCCGGAUUGAAGCACGUUUCCUGGCCACAGCCUAGCACCAGAGAUGUUCCCUGCAGAAGGACCCGUCUCCUGAUGUGCUGCUUCAGCUUCACCAAGGAGAAGAGAAACUUGUGAAGGCUUUGCAGAUGCAACGAGCGCUCAGUGCUGCUGGAGAUGGUCCAGGUAGAGAUCUAUUGCCUCGUGGGCACAUACGUAGAAUCAUAGAAUCACCAGGUUGCAAAGGACCCACUGGAUCAUCGAGUCCAACCAUUCCUAACACUCCCUUAAACCAUGUCCCUAAGCACUUCAUCCACCCGUUCCGAAUACGAUUCUGGUGACAUUUUCAGCACUAUGGAGGUUACUGUGCCGGCACAGCCGUGGCCCAGGGAGCCCUUCCAGUGACCUCAUUUUCCACUGAACACUGUGUGACCAUCGUGUUGUUCUCCAGCUUACACACCCCGAGCAGUCAGAAAGCUCCAAUGAGCUCUGCUGAGUGCAUCUGCUAAUCAUCUGGCCUUUUAGAAAAGCAGCGAUGUUACUCAUGCCAGAACACAAAGAGGGAGACACAGGAAAAUUAGGAGUUCCUGCCACAUCCAGUCUGUCUAUUAAAAGGGUUUUCCACUUCAUCUGGCAGCUCACCUGAUACGCUGCAGGCCACAUUCCAAGGGAUAAAAUCAAGAAAAGGAUAUAAAAAAAGAAAACAAUAGCUGGAGAAAAAUUGCUAUUGAUUGAUGCUAAACCUAGUGGUCUGCGAUAUCGUUUCAGUAGAAGCUAUUCAGUGAAACAGCCUCCACUCCAUUUCACUCAAUGCAAAUAUGAGAUAUUAAGGACCAUAUUCUCCUCUCAUUUGCACCACUGUAAAUCCCAACCCACUUACCUGAUUUCAGAAGAGCUAUGCUGGAUUAGCAGGAGUGUAGCUUGCAAUAAAGCAGUUGAUUCUCUGAUCUUAGGGCCCGCGGCAGCAGCUGUCCUGUGACCUGACACGGCCUCAGAAAAACAAGCAGAACUGAUUAGAGGUGUGAUUUAUUUGCAGUCUAAUUUCGCUUCUUUUCCAAAAGGCCACAAUUUAAUCUGUGUGCACAAUAAAGAUAAUAUUCAAAUACCUCGUGCAUGAUGCUUUAACUCCUUAGUGAUGGCAUGGAUGCUAAUUCCACAGGAACACCCCAGAUGACCACCUUUCCACGCCUCCCUGAACAUUUCACCCUGCAGGAGGAUAAGCCAUCAUUUCAGACUCCGAGUAGACAAAUAAAGCUGAAAUAUGUGUGAAAUUACUUGGUUACCUGCAUAUUGUUGCUAGUAGCCCCUUGCCCGCGAAGAACUCGCUCCCAUACAGGAGUGUUUGGGAUGCUCUGAUAUAGCUCAGCUGACCUCUUUGUUCUGAGGUGAGAACGAGGAAAGGUGCUGGAUGAUAUUGGCAGCCAGAGAAGAAACACAGUGGGCCACAAGAGUCACGAGACUGAAGCUCAGUGCCGUGGCGAGGUGCAAGCUGGGGGUCUGGACACCACUGCACGGCUUUCUCGGCAAGCACAAAGCACCAUCUCCAGCGGGCAGCAUCAGGACAUUUCACGAACACAGAGUUCUCAACAACGCUUGCCUGUGACACAGAACAAAGCUGGAAAUACAUCAAGUAUCAGUAAAGUUAUCCUCUGUAAGCAAACAGCAGUUCUGGCAUUUGGAAAAACAGAAUGAGCUUUAGGAAUGACUGAGGGUGCCAAAAAAGCUCACACAAAACACAGAGAAAUGAAUAUUCUCCCUAAGUAUUGCUUCCAUGACACAAACCCUUCUGCAGUUACUGACUGUUUCAUUCCCAGAACUAAAACUCCUCAUCCCAGUGGGCUUUCAGCGGCUGCACAAGCUGUGAGAAGGAAGAUUAAUGCAUGCCGAGAUGAGAACACAUUGUAUUAGCAUGCGAAGUAUUUGCAGAUCAUCAGUCAAGUCGACUGAGACAUGAACCAGUCUGUAAAUUACUGGACAUCAGAAUAUCAUCUGUAAAUUACGGGAUAUCAGAAUAUCAUCUAAAGGGUAGAGGAACACAGCCAGGGUUGUGCGUUUAAUUGUAUUUUAUAAAAACAAGAUAGGGAAAAGAAAAGUUUACAUUAAAAAGUAAAUAAAUAGCAGGAACUCUCCCUGCCCUGAAGACCAGAAACUGAGCCACCUCCUUCCAACACGCCUGUGCCAUCAGCAUUAAAGGCUUCGCUAGAAAUCACCCACAGGCAAGAAGCAAAACUGACUGGUUUUUAUAGUAUAAACGGAAUUAAAUGCAAGAAGCAGCUAUAGAUAACAUCCUAAGAAAAUUAAAAAUAUUUAGCUGUAAUUACGAAUGAGGUUACUUUUAAUGUGACCACGAAUCUUGCGACUUUUCUUUAUACCCGAUGCGCAGAAGGGAUACACAAAACGAGUCAGAUCUGCAGGUGCUGAGCCCUUGCGCAGCCCACUGAGUCCACGCAGCAGCAUUUAUCUCAAAUCUUGGGACACCGAGAUGAUGGUAAAGUUACCAACCCUUCAUCCAAGUCCCACAGAACAGCCGAAAGCAUUUUUUACUGAAAAAACUAUUUAUUUGUUUAACAUAAAAUAUCUAGUGUGGAAUUAAACUAUCCAAUGUCACAUCAGUAACAUAGGAACGAAAGGAGUAUUUUACAACAAGCUCGAUAUACACAAAGUUUUGAAACAUUAAAACGUAUCCAGCUUAGAAACUGUACAUUCAAACACAGGAAAACAUUCAAUGUUCUUUCGGCAAGCAUUUAGGAAUAAUAAAUCAUUCCAGCAAAGCACACUUGGAGAAUUAUUUUUCCCACAACAGCUUUGCACAUUAAUAUCUCAGACAGUCAGCACAUCUCUGAACCCUUCAGUUCUGUUUGCUCUCGAUUUGAAUUCAAAAUUAUCUCACUUUAUUGUUUUAAACGAACUAGCUCUAUUAAUUCCUUCAUCAGUGAAAAAUACUUGUCAGUGUGGAAAACAAUCUUUGGAAGCUUGUUAUAUACAUCAAUGGUGUUGUAUAUUAAAAUAUGACUGGUGUUUCUUUAUAGGCUAUUGUGGAUCAACCCAAAUGCUCUUCGGUUUUCCAGUGAAUAAUCUAAAACGUCCUUCCAUUAUCCAUAAUACGCAAGGACCCGUAAAACCUGAAAUG